AAAAAUGAUUGAUGAAAACAUGAGAAAUGUAUUGAAUGAAAAGGGCAGCGCGAAGCCCAAUAAUUCAAAUAACAUAUGUCAGCCCUAAUCUUCCAGGGCAUUCUUCUUCGUCUUCUUCAGCAGGCUUCUCCUUCUGCUGCACAAAUGUUAUCCGAAGAUGAAGUUAACACAGAAACCCCUCAGAUGAAGUGCAAGAAGAUCCAAAACUCAAUGACAAAGACAAUGGAGUCUGUACCAAAUGAGGAUUUUGAUGGCAUUCCCUUCCUCUCGGGGAAGCCUUUUUUUGACAUAAAUAUCACUAGAUCACACACCUGCCCUCAUUACAACCUGGUAUUCCCGGCGCGAAUUUAUCGCAAACUUCCCCGAGCCACAGUUCCGGCCGUUCUUCGGUACAAAUGCAAGAACUGGCGAGUGUCUUACCAAGGAUGUCUGAGCUACCCGAGGCUUGACGGCGGUUGGAGGAUUUUUGCGAACGAGAACAAGCUGGCAGUCGGCGACGUUUGCAUUUUCGAAGUGAUGGCGAGCAGCGAGGUGAGUAUCAAGUUCAAAGUUCAUGUCCUAAAGAAUGAAGUCCCUCCUGAACUCAGACAACCUACAGUUUCUUACGGUACGCCUUCGAAUCCAAUCGAGCUAGACUAGGUUGUCUUGGUAUCUAUUUUCAGUUGAUCUUUAUGUGCUUUCUUGUGCAUUGAAGAGAAGAGAUUAGGAAGAUCAAAUUUGUUGGUAGGCUAUAUAACUCGCAAUUAAUGAUCAUUUAAUAUGUUAGAAUGUGACGACUGUAGGACGUGUAUUUCUUCGCUAGUUUAAAUUUUUAAGUGAGACGAGAAUCUGACAAAAUUGGUCGUAUGUUAGUUUAAAAGGUUUGGCUUUAGCUCUACUGAGAUUUUUAAGGUGUGUUCGAAGUAUUUUAAUUAGGGCAAAAUUUUGAAUCAAAAAUAGGUUUAAAAUGUUUUAUGUUGUAUGUAUUUGUUAA